AUGAUUUCCGGGGGCUGGAGAAUUCCUCACCUCCCCCGAGGCAGAUUCCGGCUGGGCUUUGCAUCCUUUCCUCGUCCAGAUCCCGCAACCCGCGAGUCCGACUCGGGGUUUCGGAACCGCGGCCAACUGCUCCUACAUCAGCCUCUCUCCAGCGGCGGCGGCAGCAGCGAGACAUGGCCGACAGCAGCUGAUCCCGCUCCGAUCCUGCCCCGGCUCCCGGCGCUCGCCAAGGGCCCCGAGCCCCGGACCCGCUCCCCGGAGGAUUCCAGCCCAGCCCGGCGGUGCCAGGAGCGCUCCGGGGCCGCUCCCAGCCCCCCCGAGCUGAGCCCCGGAGCCCUCGGGGGGCUGCGAGCGGCUCCGAGCCCGCCUGGGUGGGGCCCCACCGCCUGCAACCACGCCGACGAGGUGUGGCCGGGCCUCUACCUGGGAGACCAAGACAUCGCCUCCAACCGGCGGGAGCUGCUGCAGCUGCGAAUCACCCACGUGCUGAACGCCUCCCACUGCCGCUGGCGCGGCGGCGCCGACUACUACGAGGGCACGGGCAUCCGCUACCUGGGCAUCGAGGCACACGACUCGCCCUCCUUCGACAUGAGCCCCUACUUCUACCCCGCUGCUGACUUCAUCCACCAGGCCCUGAAUGAAGGGAGGAUCCUGGUGCACUGCGCUGUCGGGGUCAGCAGGUCGGCCACCCUGGUCCUCGCCUACCUCAUGAUCCGCCACCACAUGCCCCUGGUGGAAGCCAUAAAGACGGUCAAGGACCACCGAGGGAUCAUCCCCAACCGCGGCUUCCUGCGCCAGCUGGUGGCCCUGGACAACGCCCUGCGCCUCAAGAGGAGCUCCUGAGGGCGCCGGGGAGCCCUGCCCAGCCCGGGCUGUGCCCCCCAGCCCCCGGCCCUGCGGGGAGGCCUGGCCAUGGCUCCCAUCCCGGCCCCGCCUCACCAUCUCUCCGUCCCUGCGGCCUCCGGGGAGCCUUCACGGCUUUGCUGUCCCCCCUCGUGGCGUUUGUGUCCCUCCCUGGCUGUGUGUCCCCUGUCGUGCGUCCCGCGUGUCCCUGGUGAUGUCAGCUCUGGUGUGGGGGCUCAGCCCAGCGCCCCUCGUGCUGUUCGGGUGUUGUCCGUGCCUCGUGUCACCCUGUGAAUAAAGGCACUGCUAAGGAA